AUGUCGAGCUUGUAUGCCCGCGAUGGCAUUUCGACUGUCCAGCCACCUCUAUCACAGGCGGUUGGCUAUGUUGUUGUUGUCGUUAUCGGUGUGAUUAUUGCUCUGGUGAUGAUGCUCAUUACAAAGGUCUUGAAGAAAACCACCGGAGAGGACAACGAAAAGACUGAAAUGUUCAUGACAGCAAACCGUACUGUCCGCACAGGCUUAACCGCAUCUGCCGUGAUAUCGUCUUGGCUUUGGUCAACCGCUUUACUCGGCUCAUCUUUUGUCGGCUAUGACUAUGGCGUAGCCGGUCCAUUCUGGUUUGCAGCUGGCUGUAGUCCCAUGAUUGUAUUCUUUGCGCUUUUGGGAAUAUCCUGCAAGCGAAAGAUCCCGGAAGCGCAUACUUCGCUAGAGGUUGUUCGGAUUCGAUACGGACAUGUGGCACAUGUUGUGUUCAUGAUUCUCUGUCUGGUGAACAAUAUCUUUGCGUGCGCCAAUAUGCUUCUUGGUGCCGCUGCAGUAAUCACUGCCGUCACCGGAAUGCAUAUUAUUGCUGCGACAUUCUUGUUGCCGGUCGGAGUGACCCUCUACACAUUUGUUGGUGGCAUCAAAGCAACAUUCCUCACCGAUUAUUUUCAUACGGCUAUAAUUAUGAUUAUUGCAUGCUAUUUUACCGUCAAAGCUUUCUCGACUGAUCAGAUUGGCUCUGUGGGUGAACUUUUCGAGCUCGUCCAAGCAGCAGCGCAACGACACCCGGUCUCGGGCAACCAAGAUGGGACAUAUCUGACAAUGACUUCGAAGAGUGCUAUCCUUUUCGGAAUCCUUCACACUCUUGGAAACUUCGGCUUGGUUAUUAUGGACACAAGCUACUUCAUCAAAGCCUUCUCGGCCUCCCCAGCUGCAGUAGUACCAGGCUAUACAAUUGGCGGCAUUGCCUACUUCGCCAUCCCAUGGGGCCUGGGAACAGUAAUGAGCUCCGUUGCCCUAGGACUCGAGAACACCCCAACAUUCCCCACAUUCCCAAGGAGAAUGACAACUACGGAAGUCGGCAAUGGUCUGGUCCUCCCAUACGCGGCAAUUACCAUUGCUGGUAAAGGAGGCGCGGCAGCAGUCCUUCUUAUAACCUUCAUGGCGUGUACAUCAACACUCUCCGCGCAGGUCAUCGCCGUCAGCUCGAUCCUCAGCUUCGAUGUAUACCGCGAGUACUUCAAUAAGAAAGCCACAGAUCAAGAUCUGAUCCGCGCGAGCCACUUCGGUGUGAUUUUCUUCGCUGUUUUCUCCGCUGCCUUUAGUACCAUGCUUCAUUACGUGGGCAUCAAUCUAGGUUGGACAUUGUAUAUGCUGGGCGUGGUUACAUGUCCCGGAAUCUUCCCAAUGAUCUUCACAAUCCUCUGGCGUCGCCAGAGUAAAGCCGCCGCAAUCCUCUCCCCGGUCCUUGGUCUUGCGACAGGUAUGGCUGUCUGGCUGGGGACUGCGUCGCACUUUAGUGGUGAAGUUUCCGUCGCAUCGACGGGACAAGUCCUACCCUGUCUAUAUGGAACAGUCGCUUCUUGCAUGUCGCCCAUUGUAUACUCUGUUUUGAUUACGCUUGUCCGGCCGCAGAAUUAUGACUGGAAUGACUUCAAGAAAGUCAAACUGUCUCUUGAGAAAUUAGAUAGUGAUUUGACGACUGCGCAUCAUGAUCAGGCCUCUUCUCGUGCAGAUGACGGGAGUGUUGAGGACGGAGGCAGCGGUGCCGGGGAUCAGAAAGAGCUGAAGCGGUGGGGUCGUAUUGCGGCGUUUUGGGCUGCGGCGACCUUUUUGGGUCAUUGGGUUAUUUGGCCGUUGCCUAUGUAUGGCUCUGGUUAUGUGUUUGGGAAGAAGUUCUAUAUUGCCUGGGUCGUCGUCGCUAUCAUCUGGCUCUGGCUCAGUAUGCUGGUUGCUAUCUUAUACCCGAUCUUUGAUGGUGGUCUUGAGCAGAUUCGUGAUGUUUAUCGGGGGCUGAGAGGUCACAAGGUUGUCACUGAGGGUGCUCGGAGUAAAGAUGGCAAAGGGGAAAGUAGCUCUCCGUCUGUUGGGUCUAUCAGCGAUGUUACUCAAACAGGAGAGUCUCAAGAGAACAAGAGUUGA